UUUCCGCGUAGACUUGUGAUGACCCGAGUGCUUGUACAGGCUAGCCUAAAUUUUUUUUGUUUUGAGAUUCCAUUUUUAUGUUGACUAUCGUGUCUUUACUGUAUGGGUUUAUAGAGUGCAAAAUUAACUUAGUAAUUAUGGAUACAACUACUAUAAUAGAGGAGAAACCAGGAAUUGGUCAGGUACCAAUGACUAUUCUCUAUGAAAAUCCCAUGCGAGAAGAACCUUCCCCAGAAUAUCUACAGGAAAAGGAAAUCUGCUGUGGAUAUUUUGAAAAGUGGAAUGAACAUGAUCAGGUAGAAUUUGUUGAAAUUUUACUCUCCAAGAUGUCACACUAUCAACACAGUCAUGUUAGCUGUUAUCUUCGGCCUAUGUUGCAAAGAGACUUCAUCUCCCUAUUACCAAAAAAAGGUUUGGACCAUGUAGCUGAAACCAUUUUAUCUUACUUGGAUGCUGAGUCUCUCUGUUCAGCAGAACUAGUCUGUAAAGAAUGGUCACGAGUGAUAUCUGAAGGAAUGUUAUGGAAGAAAUUGAUAGAAAGAAAAGUUCAAACUGAUGCUCUAUGGAAAGGACUAGCUGAAAGAAGAGGAUGGAUCAAGUACUUAUUUAAACCUCCACCAGGAGAGCAACGUUCAGACCACAUGUUUUAUAGAAGACUGUAUCCUAGGUUUAUUCAAGACAUUGAGAGUAUUGAAAACAAUUGGCGAUGUGGUCGACAUAACCUACAAAGGAUCAACUGUCGUAGUGAAAACAGCAAGGGGGUAUAUUGCUUACAGUAUGAUGAUCAAAAAAUUGUUAGUGGACUAAGAGAUAACACAAUAAAGAUAUGGGACCGUACUUCCCUUCAUUGUCUGAAAGUUCUGACAGGACACACAGGAUCUGUUCUCUGUCUUCAAUAUGAUGACAAGGUUAUAAUUAGUGGGUCCAGUGAUGCCACAGUUAGGGUAUGGGAUGUGAAUACUGUGGAAAUGGUGAAUACAUUAAUUCACCAUUGUGAAGCUGUUCUACAUUUAAGGUUUAAUAAUGGUAUGAUGGUGACCUGUUCAAAGGAUCGUUCCAUUGCUGUUUGGGAUAUGGUCUCUCCAACAGAAAUCAAUCUUAGGAGGGUCUUAGUGGGUCAUAGAGCAGCAGUAAAUGUUGUAGAUUUUGAUGAAAAAUACAUUGUUUCUGCCUCUGGAGACCGUACAAUUAAAGUUUGGAACACAUCUUCAUGUGAAUUUGUUCGAACUUUGAAUGGUCACAAACGUGGCAUUGCUUGUCUUCAAUACAGGGAUCGUUUAGUUGUCAGUGGCAGUUCAGAUAAUACCAUUAGACUCUGGGACAUAGAGUGUGGAGCUUGUUUAAGAAUUUUAGAGGGCCAUGAAGAAUUAGUUCGAUGUAUUCGAUUUGAUAAUAGAAGAAUUGUCAGUGGUGCUUAUGAUGGAAAGAUCAAAGUGUGGGACUUAGCAGCAGCCUUAGAUCCAAGGUCACCAGCAGGAACUCUCUGCCUUAGAACAUUAGUGGAGCAUUCUGGUCGUGUCUUCAGACUUCAGUUUGACGAGUUUCAAAUUGUUAGUAGUUCUCAUGAUGACACAAUUCUUAUUUGGGACUUUUUAAAUGCUAAACCACCAGAAACCCCCUCUCUGAAGUCACCAUGUCGCACCUAUACGUAUGUCUCAAACUGAUGGCCUAACAGUUAAAAACUAUCUCAAACAACUUGAUUCCAUUUGUUUUUGUGUGCAUAGUGUGCAUUUUGUUUAGUUGUCUGGCCCAUCGACAUCAUCACCAAUCAUCAGGGGGUGUUAGGAUACCAAUUUAUUCAACAUUUCCUGCAUCAUCGGUGAAAUGGCAUCUUGAAAAUAUUAGUAAUGUAUAAAGUAGAUGACAGGCCAGCAACAUAUUUAAUAAAAUAUGUAACAUAUUACUGGCUAAUUAGUGAGUAUGAAUUCAUGGCUCAGUGUGUUUGCCCAAAUGCUGAAUGUAGAUCUUAAAAGAUUUAUCAGUCACACCUUGUACAUUAGCUGGACUUAAACUAAGAACUUUGUCAGUGAGAAAGUAAUGAGUACUUGUAUAAUUUUUUUUCUCUCUUACUGUUGACUCCUUCUUUUUGUUUGUUAAAGGUUAUUGUACUUGUACAGGCUAAUUGUAAGACUGUCAAAAUAGCUUCAUUUUCUAAUUUCAAUGUCCUCCUCUCUCUGGAUAUGAAUAGUUACCAUGUGGCUGAGUUCUGAAUUACAAAUGAUAGAAGAUUUUUAUAAUGAAGACUAGUUGGAGCCAAGAAUAAUUCAUAAUUCUAGAAACACAUCAAAUCAAAAUAUGUUAUAGCUGUAGGUUUGUAAAAUUUCAUGCAAACGUUUUGUGUAAAUCACUUAAAACAAACAGGCUUGCUUGAAAGCUUAUAAGAAUUACCAUAAAAUUUAUUUUUGAAUAAUAUUUCUCAAACAUCUCUGAGGUUUCUUUGGAUUUAUAAGUGAACAAAAAAAAAAGAUUUAUUGCAUGAGAAUAUUAUUAGUAUAAAGGUUUUUCUAUACUUCAGGUAUAGCUGUAAAAAUGUGAUGAAUCUGACAGUAGAAGAAGAAAAAACUAGUACAAAACAGAACUAUUGUUGUGGAUGAGUAAAAAAUUAUAAAUAAUUGCAUGCAUACAUUUAAGUACUGAAAUAUUUGCAGUGCAGUAAAUUUACUUGAUGAACAUGUAAACUGAAAAUUUUAGAAUAAUAAGCUUUCUGGUUGUAGAAACACAACCAUCAAUCAGUUUCAUUUUCUCGCUCCUGAAUUCUUCACUAUGGUUUUGGUGAAACUAUCUUGCUUUAUCAUCUGAGAUAUGACACAGAUUGCUACAUGCUUUACUAAUGGAAAAAGGAAACAAAAAUUCUUUUCUUUUAAACCACAUAUAUUCAUAUUCAUAUUUAAUGUUUUCCAGUUAAAUUUUCUGUUGAAGAUAGUUAAAACAUUUUGUUACUAUUAUAUUAAAAACUCAUUGACUUUGUGCAGCAUUAUAUGCUACCUAUUACAUGGUUAGUAAUUUUUAUCCACUCCUGCUUUGUAGUAGCUUAAGUGAUAUUGUAAAAAGGAUCAGCUGUUCAAUAUAACUCAUUAGUAGUGCUAAAUGUCUGUUAAGCUAUAGGGAUAUCACAUUUAUAUCCUGUUAUAUCUUAAGCUGCAAGAUUAACUAAUAAAAUUAAUCUUCUUGUUCCUGAAAUUUUAGUAGAGUCAUUUAAUAAUGUGAUUCAGAAUAUCUGAAGAUGAAAGUGAAUGAAAAAAGA